GACUAAGUUAUCGAACCAGACCAUCUAGACACAACUAACUGACGAUGUUGGAGAAAUUCAGCCUCAUUAGGGUCCGCCUCCGGUCUGGAUCUCCCCUGAGCGGCGACCAUUAGACGAACCAGAACCUAACUAAACUAAUUACAAAUGCUGUCAUUGGCUGAUGCUUCUCCCUCAAGAAAAAUAUUGACCAAUUGGACCUGACAUGAUUACUUUUCCUUUGACUAAGUUUGGCUAGUGAUGUCAGUGGCAGUUUCUCAUAGGUACUGAUAGAAACAACGUUGAGUUCUCAAGCUACAGGUACGAAAGCUACAUCGUAUGUAUAAAUAUUUAAUAACCCGCCAUCAUCUUCCAUAUCACUGUUCAGAUACGAGAUGCAGACACAGAUUUCUUGACGAAUCUUAACGAAAAACCAGCCCACUUGACUUUUCACGUACUCACGAUCAGACUUUAUACAACAUCCAUCACAUCUACACCACAUCACAUCUACGCAUCACAUCCCAUCACGAUGGCAACUGAAGUCGAGAAAGCAACUAAAGUCGCGAAGGCAACACCUACUUGCUGCGGCAGGAACACCGGGGACGAGUGUGUCUGUGCUAAACAGGCCACCUGCUCCUGCGGCCAGGAAUCCGCCCUUGAAUGCACGUGCGAGAAAGCGGCAGUCGAGAAUGACGUUAGCGGCCCUCGAUGCUCAUGUCGAGCUCGUCCUGCUGGCCACUGUACCUGUGAGAAUGCGCCCAAGGAGAACCAAAUCGUUACUGGUAGCACCUGCGCAUGUGGUGUUCGCCCUGCCAUCUCCUGUACCUGCGAACGCGGUACUUCGGACGCGAACCCUAACGAGACAGACUUUACCACGAAGAAAUGAGGCAUCAAGCAUAUGGAUUUGAAUAAAAAAAUAGUCUAUCAUAGAGAUUUUCAUGGGGCGAAUCGGUGUUAGGACAGCACUAGUGACUGCGACUCAUGAUGGUUUUGGUAGUAAAUAUUGCUAUACGGAGAACUUCGGUGGGAUUCUAUAUGAUACGGUCGCCGGAGCACGGAGUCGGGUUUUCUAGCAUUAAAAAUAUAAUUUUUUUUUUCUCCGAUGAUUCUAUCCAAGGCUCGUAGGAUGUACCUUGGAAUUUCCAAAGACAACUAUUGUAUUCAUAACCUAGAUGACACAUGAUCAGCAACAGAAGCAUUCGAUUUACGGGUAGGAAUAGGAAAACUCGGUUGUAGAAGCUGGAAGUGGUGAUUGCAUGUAGUUUGUACGGUCAACCGUGGAAAAGAGAAUAAUGUAUUUGUAU